AUGGUCAAUUUCCUUUUCAUCUCCCCACCCGGUUUCUUCCUCUCUCCCCCCUUUCCGCCUCUCUCAUCGCUCGCUUCUUUGUUCUCUUCUCAAAGCCCUCUUCGCCCAUUCUGUGUCACAAUUCUUCUGCAUCGCACUGCUGUAGUGCAGAAAAACCCUUUCCACUGCCUUCGUGUACAUUUCUCCCGAAUACAUCUUGGUAGUUCAGUGCCGCAAUGGUUUCAACUCCCUGUCAGUCCUCAUAUCCCCCGUAUUCAAUAUCAACGGCAGGCGCAAUAUGCUUUCUUCCCAUUCUUCCUCUGCGGUCCCCCUAUCAUCUCGCAGCCUCUUCAUCCUGCCGAAGAAACCGUUUACCAUUGUUCAACGACAAAUGGAAAUCACGCAGAUGGGCUGAACUGA